AUGGCUUCCGCGACGCCCAAACUCUUCACCCCGCUAACACUCGGAGGCAAGAACCCCGUACAGUUACAGCACCGAGUGGUGAUGGCGCCGCUCACUAGGCUGAGAACCGGCGAGACCGGCAUCCCGACCGACCUCGUGGCUGAAUAUUACGCGCAACGUAGCACUCCCGGCGGUCUGAUCAUCGCUGAAGCCACGAACAUCAGUCCCACUGCACGCGGGUACUUCGGUGCCCCUGGUUUGUUCACUUCAGAGCAGGUCGAGGGCUGGAAGAAGGUCACGCGUGCAGUUCACGCCAAAGGUGGCAAGAUUUUCGUGCAGCUCUGGCACACUGGACGAGUAGGUCACCCGUUGAACCAGCCCAACGGCGUCUUGCCCGUUUCGUCGUCCGCAGUCGGACUCGAGGGUAUCAAAACCUCCGCUGUGACCCGAGAGGGAAGACGCAAGUACGUCACCCCGCGCGCUCUGGGGACACACGAGAUCGAAGGUGUCAUCACUGAUUACAAGCGCGCUGCUGAGAAUGCUAUCGCCGCCGGGUUCGACGGUGUUGAGCUGCACGGCGCCAACGGGUAUUUGAUCGAGCAAUUCCUGUGCGACGGCGUGAACAAGCGCACGGACAAAUACGGCGGCAGCAUCGAGAACCGUGCUAGGUUGAUGUUUGAAGCGCUUGACGCCGUACUGUCCAGCCUGGAUUCAACCCAGGUGGCCAUCCGGUUGUCCCCGUUCGGCGUCACUUUCGGCUGUACGGACUCGACUCCCGCAGAGACCUACGGCUACGUCCUCAAGAAGCUGAACGAGCUGGAUCUGGCGUAUGUGCACAUCGUGGAGCCGCGAGGUUUCCACUUCAGAGGUCCUCGCGUACCGAGAGACGGCACAACCCCAUUCUGCCGGUCGCUGUAUCAUGGUGUCCUCAUGACGUCGUCCGGGUUUGACAGAGCGGAAGGCAUCAAGAUCACGGAGAACGGCACGGCAGACUGCGUAGCGUAUGGCCGGCCGUUUAUCUCUAAUCCGGACUUCGUGCAGCGUCUGAAGGUCGGUGCGCCAUGGAACCCCUGGGACCGCAAGACGUUCUACAUGCCAGCGAAAGGGCCGUUAUCUCUCGGCUACACGGACUACCCGAGGCUGGAGCAGAAGUCCGCACUGUAA